UGUGAGAUGCUUCCUGUCCAGGUCCCGACCGCCCCCCCGGCUGCAGAAGCCCCUCUCACGGAUGUGUCCAUGUCCCUGAGCGGCCAUGUUGUCUCCUCCGUGCAGGCCGGUCCUGAAGACGGUGUGUCCUACGCCACCAUCAGCUACACCCAGAAGGCCGACAGUAAAGCCCAGGGUCGGAGUAACCAUGGCGAUGAUGCGGUGACCUACUCGACCGUGAAAGCUUCCUCCGCUGAUCCCAGCAACGUCUACGCCAGCAUCACCUGACCACACAAACCCAACUAAUGUCUGCUUCUCUCUCUAUCGAGGGUAAAUAUGCAGUAAAUGUGGACAAUAUAUUACACAUUGAGCUUGAUGAACCUGCUGUCAGGCCCUUCAUGGUGCUCAGAGGUUGAAGUGCUUAAGUAUUUUGCCUUAUUUGUUGCUAAAACACUUGCUGCCUUUUUUUUUAUCCCUGAGAAAUAAUAAUAAUCAAAAUAGAGCAAUUUUGCAGAUUUUCUCAUGUUGUCUUUCUUCAAGUUUCUUCUUUUAUAGUUUAAUAUAUAAUAAUUCUGCCAUUUGCUUCUCCUUUUAUCAGAAUAUUCCAAGCAGACGUACUAAACAUCUGAAAAUGUGAAAUCUGAGAAUGCAGUGUCUUACCGUGUUAGUGAGAGGGAUUUGGUGCUGUGGGAUAUUAGAAAUAAACUAAUGACCCGAUUCAUAAAUGAACUAUUAAUAAAAUGCAUUUAGUCUACACUAGAAUACAGAUGUAAGAUGUAGAAUACUAUGUAAUCAAUAAAGAAACGUGAGUAUUGUAAAACCACUGUAACCAAUAGAAUACCGACGUACAGCUAUGACUGUAUUCAAUGUAAUGUAAUCAACAGAAAUACAUGCAUGUGAUACUUGAGCACCACAAGUGAUUUGACUGAGAGACGUUUGAAAUCCAAGUUUCAUUGACUCACCAACUUUACCUCAAUCACCACAGAAGACCCUGUUGUUUGAAAACCGAAUGCUGUAUAGUUUAUCAUAGAACAUUUAGGUGUGAGUGAAGAAAAGUCGAUGGUUUGUGGCAAACUAAAUUUUAACUGAAUUUUUGCUCAGCUUUGAAUGGGCGUUGUGAUAAAAAGCAGCACAUUGCGUGCAGUUUGGUUGUACGUCUUUGCACGAGUUACCGACAACGCUCGGUUGUAACGUUAUCUGAAUGGGCGUUAUGUAACUGAUCAGUCAUAUACGGAAUGAAUGGGAACCUGGUGUCGAAUAUUAUUGUAUUUGUGUUCCGGUGUAGGUGCUUUUAUUGUGAAGGAAGAGGUGAAGGAGAGGAAGUAGAGGAAGUGUUCAAUGAAGGUGUUUUGGAAGUGAAAAUAAAGUAGCGGCCGAAGCAGAACCGAACCACCGUGUUAUUGUUUCAUUAUUAACCCGAAGUAAACCCUCGGCUACACAAGUAAAUAGCAUGGCAAGUUACACACACACACGCACACACGCACACACACACACACACUCUCGGUCCUUUGGUUCCGGCUGGUUUCCCUCCGCCGUCCUUCCGUGACAAAACAAUCUGGACAAGUUCUACUUCUUCAUUGUUUUCCACACUCACUCAAAAUAGCAGAUUAUUAAAAAUAUAACCAGGAAGUUUCAAAGAUUUUCACUCUCUUGAAAUCCACGAGACACUCAGACAGGAAGUAGAUGCUGCGUUCAUGUUGAAGGAGCAGCGGGCGCUUUGAGGGCUGAGAGCGAGAGAGAGAAGCACGAUGGCUGAACUCAGGUGGAUUAUGACGUCUUCGUUGGUGAUGCUGCAGGUGUUGAGCUGUACAGUAACAUCUGUAAAAACUUCAUCCUUCACUGUCAGAGAUGAAGAUGAAGUCACGUUUCCUUGUGAGAGUGAGAUUCAUGAUCAGAAGAAGUGUAACAGUACUGCGUGGCUCUUUAGUACUUCAGGAAGUACAGUAACACUGUUUGAACAUGGGAAGUUUAAAGAAGGAGCCAACAACAGAUUAGACAGACUGAGUGUUACAGAGGAAUGUUCUCUGGUUAUAAAGAAGGUCAAAGAUCAGGAUGUUGGUCGUUACAUAUGCAGACAGUUUGAAUCAGGAGAAGGAUCACCAGUAGGGGAAGACGUUUAUCAUCUAUCUGUUGUUGACGGUGCUUUUGUAACAAAGACGACUAACAAACCUCCAGUGAAUGAGACACCUGAGAAGAAGACGACCAAAAGUCCACCUGAAGACCAGAAACCAGUGACUGCAGGUGCUUUUGUAACAAAGACGACUAACAAACCUCCAGUGAAUGAGACACCUGAGAAGAAGACGACCAAAAGUCCACCUGAAGACCAGAAACCAGUGACUGCAGCCUUGUUGAGGACCUUCGUUGUGUGUUUGGGUUCAGCAGCACUUUUAAUAAGUGUUGUUACAGUCAACAUCUGGACAAGAACUAAAGGGAAAGAAACCCGGAUGGAAGAAAUCAUGCAGCUGGAUGAGGUGGUUGAAGGAGACGACUCGGUGAACUACGUAAACGUUGGAGAGCCUUCUGCCUCCGUCUCACUGGACUGAUGGACGACGUGAAGCCACCACAGAGUCCCUGAUGUCAGACGCCAUGACGCCGUUGUCCACGGCAACAGACGCUUUAAGAGGCUUCAGUGCAGAAACGCUUGUGUUUCACUUUAAACGGGACAAAGAUGCUUCAGUCUUUAUACAGACUGAAUGUUUCCUCCUGUGAAGCAGCAGCGCCUUCUGCAACUGCUGUUUAUAUGUUCACACGUUCAUGUUCACCUGCUACGCUUUAUUCUAUUACACAAUGUUAUAUGUGCUUUAUUCUAUUACACAAUGUUAUACGUGCUUUAUUCUAUUACACAAUGUU